AUGGGGCUCAUUCAUCAAAGGACACCUACCAUUUUCUUUGCCAUAGUUCUCUUCAUGGCUUCCAUUGCUCUGCUAGGAAACUGUCUCCUCUUGUUUCUAAUCCAAACUAACUCUACCCUACAUACUCCCAUGUACUUUUUCCUUAGUCAGCUGGCCUGCAUGGAUAUGGGUCAAGUCCUCAUUGUUGUCCCUAAGAUGUCAGUGAACUUUUUAACCCAGAGAAACACCAUUUCACUCGCAGGGUGCGUGGCCCAGAUUUUCCUCACUCUGACUAUGGGGAGCUCGGAAUGCUUUGUCUUAGCCGUCAUGUCAUACGACAGAUAUGUGGCCAUCUGCAGACCAUUGCAAUACCCAGUCCUCAUGAGGAGAACAAUCUGUCUUGCCAUGACAGUAGGAAUCUGGUCUUCAUCAUCCCUUCUGAUCAUGGCCAUUGCCCUAUAUGUAGGAUUUCUGCCUUACUGUGGAUCCAAUGUGAUCAACCAUUUUGUCUGUGAGUUCCCAGCUUUGCUGAAGUUAUCUUGUGCUGACACUUCCACCUUUGAAAAAAUGGUAUAUGUUGAUAAUGUAAUAGUAAUUCUCCUCCCAGUGUCAAUAAUGGUUUCCUCUUAUAUAGCUAUCCUUGUGCAAAUUUUGAGCAUGCGCUCAACUGAAGGAAGGCACAAGGCCUUGGGGACCUGCUUAUCUCACUUGUGUGUGGUCAGCAUCUUCUAUAGUGCAACCAUGCUGACAUACACGGCUCCAGUAGAUUCCUACUCUGCAGAGAGAUCUAUGAUUUAUUCUGUAUGCAUCACUGUCGUCCCCCCAAUGCUGAACCCUUUUAUAUACAGCCUGCGGAAUCGAGAUGUUCUAGCUGCAGCAAGAAAACUGUUUUUGAAAUGUACAUCUCAGAAAUAA